AUGUCUUUAAAAUGGACGGAGGACACUACAGUGAAAUUUGUGAAAUUAUAUAGGGAUGAGGAAUGUCUGUGGAAUUUACAGCUUCUUAUCUAUAGAAAUAAACAGGCACGUGAGGCAGCUAUAAAAAAAAUAGUGGACGCAAUGGGUAUAGAAGAUUUUGGCCCAACAGAGGUGAAAAAUAAAAUAAAAAACUUGAGGUCGACUUAUGUACAAGAAGUCGUAAAAAUUAAAAAAUCAGAAAGUUCUGGAGCGGGAGCAGAUGAAAUAUAUAGACCCAAAAUUAAGUGGUGUAUAGUGAUGUAUACGAUUUUACAGAAAAUGGAUAAGAAAAGAGAAACAAUCAGUAAUUUGGGUUACCAAUUAUUAACUGAUAUCGAUAACGAUUCGCAGACAUCACAGGAUGAAACUGAACGGACGCUGCAUGAAGUACCAGCAGAAGAAAGCGAAAAAGAAAAAUUCAAUAUUGCCAACGAGCCCACACCAAAACGUCAGAAGAUUGGAAAAACAAAUGUCAAAGAAAUUGCUGCUUGGGUUAAAGACCUAACUUCUUUGACUAUAUCUAUUCAAGAUAUGGAACCAUCGGAAAAUGAAUUUGACAUUUUUGGGAAGAGUGUAGCAGCGCAGUUGAAAAAGUUGCCCCGUGCAAAGGCCAUUACAGCUCAAGAUCAAAUACAGCAACUUUUGAGUCGGUUUAGACUGGAAAAUACAUCAAGCACAAUUUUUUUUGCUUUAACAGACGGCAAUACAUGUACAUGA